AUGAGCGACCUCGAUUUAGAGAAGAAGCCCAGCACCGGGCAGGUAAUGCCUAGGAGCGAGUCUGCAUCCGGAUCUGAAGAUGCGGACGCUCUUAAGCUGGCCGAGAUGGGCUACACUCAGGACUUGCAGCGCAAUUUCUCGGUGCUUUCCCUGGUCGGAAUUGCCUUCUGCAUGUCCAACUCGUGGUUCGGUAUCUCUGCAUCUUUGAUCACGGGUAUCAGUUCCGGAGGCACGGUCAUCAUCAUUUACGGCCUGUUGUGGAUCACCUUCAUCUCGUGCUGUGUGGGAUCCUCCCUCUCGGAAUUGGCCAGUGCCAUGCCCAACGCGGGUGGGCAGUACUUCUGGGCCGAUCAACUGGCUCCUAAGAAGUACGCUCGUUUCGCAUCCUACGUGACCGGCUGGUUCGGCUACGCGGGUGCCAUCUUUGCGAGUGCCAGUGUGGCCCUCAGUCUGGGAUCUGGUGUGGUGGGCAUGUGGGAGCUGGGCCAUCCCUCAUUUGUUCCCAAACCUUGGCACACCGUUGUAGCGUACGAGCUCAUCAACCUCUUUUGUUACCUGUUCAACUGCUGGGGUAAAUUUCUCCCUGCGGUCGCCAAGGCCACGCUGUACAUCUCGCUGCUCUCGUUCUUCGUGAUUUUGGUGACCGUACCCGCGUGCGCCAAACCCCACGCCAGCGCCUCGUUCGUUUUUGGUCACUUCGUCAACUCGACCGGGUGGAAGUCGGACGGGAUCGCGUUCAUUGUCGGCUUGAUCAACCCCAACUGGAUCUUCGCGUGUCUGGACUCGGCGACGCACCUGGCGGAGGAAGUGCCGCAGCCGGAACGCAACAUCCCGAUCGCCAUCAUGGCCACGGUGGGCAUCGGUUUUGUGACCUCGUGGUUCUACUGCGUGGCCAUGUUCUUCAGCAUCCAGGACCUCGACGCGCUGCUCAACUCGUCCACGGGCGUCCCCAUUUUGGAGUUAUAUUACCAGGCGUUGAGCAACAAGGCGGGCGCCAUUGUGCUGGAGACCCUCCUGAUCGUCACGGGUAUGGGAUGCCUCAUUGCCUGCCACACCUGGCAGUCGCGGCUCGCGUGGGCGUUCGCGCGCGAUCGUGGCGUGCCCUGCCAUCAGUGGCUGUCGACCGUCAACGUGAAGCUGGACGUGCCCAUGUGGUCGCACUUUGCGAGCUCGCUGAUUGUCGCCCUGCUGGGUCUGCUCUACCUCGGCUCCUCCACUGCGUUCAAUAGUAUGGUCACCGCCUGUAUCGCGCUGCUGUACAUCUCGUACUCGGUGCCUGUGAUCUGCAUGCUGUACCGCGGUCGCGACAACAUCAAGCACGGUCCCUUCUGGUUGGGCAAGUGGGGGUUGGCCGCCAACUACAUCACCUUGGCCUGGACCCUGUUCUGUCUGGUCAUGUACUCGUUCCCUGCCACCAUGCCGGUGAACACUGGAAAUAUGAACUAUGUGUCCGCCGUCUACGGCGUCAUCAUCUUCAUCAUCCUCGUUGACUGGUUCGCCCGUGGUCGCAAAUCCUUCCGUGGUAGCCAGAGUUGUGUCGAGGACGCCACCACCACCACCAACACCACCACCGGCCACGCACACUAA